UGUUGGCCUUGGAUCGGUCCAAGAGAUCAGAUGUGCCGGUACUUGGAGAAGCCAAAGCCAUUAUCAGAUUUUGUAGCGUUGUCAGGCUUCACUCAGAGAUGCAUGAGCCGCCCCAAUUGUCCAUAUAUCAGACCCCACUCUCCCUUGCUCCAUAGCACCAUACCCUCACACAUCUUCCACAAGUUCUCCCAUAUCAAUCUCUCACUCUCCCCCAAACUACCCUUCUUCUUCUUCACUCUUCUGUUUGUUCCUUUUCUAAGUCAAUUCCAUUACUUCCUUUUCUAAGUCAAUUGGUUGAUAAAUUUUCUGAUAUUAUAUGUGAUUUUCUCCUGAUGGACAACACUGAGAAAGAGACCCACGACUUCAUGAACGUCGAUUCUUUCUCCCAGCUCCCCUUCCUCCGCCCCGCACCACCCUCCAAAGACAAAGCCGCCAUUCGCCUCUUCGGCCAUGAAUUCGGCGACGCGCACCACUCUAACCCUACCCACAACUCAUUUAUUAUCUCCAACAACAACGUUAGCGCCUCCGAACAUACCACCAACAAAGACGUCAACAACAACGUAGAAAACGGCGAGAGCAGCCGCAGAUUCGAGUGCCAUUAUUGUUGCAGAAACUUCCCCACUUCCCAGGCCUUAGGCGGGCACCAAAACGCGCACAAACGAGAGCGCCAGCACGCGAAACGACACCUUCAAAGUACCCUGAUCUCCGAUGCAAACGCGUAUAGCUUCAUGAACUACAGGUUCGGUUCCACGGCAAUGUCUAAUUACUCUUACUCUUCUUAUCCAACGUGGAACAGUUCCAACUCGUCAAGCGCUAUGCUUGGGAACACUGGUGGAACUGGAAGGUUCUACGGAAACUCCUAUUCUCAGCAACUUCAAACUAUCAAUGGAAGCCCUUUGGGUUUGUGGCGAAUCCCCACCGCCACUAAUAGUACUCAUUCCCAAAGUAACCCUAUUUUCAACCGCGAACGCUCGUUGCAACCUUUGCCUUUGUUUUCUGGCGAGGAAAUGGUGAACGCGAGGAUCGGGCACUCUGGUUCGCAGAACCGGUUUGGUAAUUAUGGUUCCAAGCCCAGCGUAAACGACCAUGUGAGUUUGGAUCUUCAUCUGUAACAUCAUAUUUACACACAUAUACUCGAAUAUAUGUCAAUAACAUGGAUCUGGAGCUGGGAGUGGUUGGGGAUAGUGUAUAUAUGAUUUUGAGAAUUUUCAUUCUGUGUUAUUGUUGGAUCUUUAUGAUCAUCAGAUUCUAAGAUAAAUGAAGUUAUGAUGAUGAUACUCAUAUUAAUCACUGUGUUA